AUGCCAAGUACUUUCGUUGUGUUUCCAAUUAAAACAGCAUUCGGUUCGGACUUCAACUUCUCGGACUCCCUUUGGAGUCCGGACACGCAAGUGGUCGACGAGCAAAUAACAGCCCUGGUAGUGGAACAGAUAUGCUCGCAAGUCUUGGAAGUUCCACCUGAUGUAAUCAAAGAGCCUAUGCAGCAGUACAAGCUGCCAACAGCCGACUGUUGCGACGGCGCCCUAAGUCAACAAAUAGAGAUCCUGAUUGGUGCGGACAACCACUGGGAAUUUGUUACCAGGCACAAACCCACUCUUCCUGUGUAUCAAGGUGUACAAGCAGUCGAGGCGACACUUGGCUGGACGUUGCAAGGACCAUGCUCUCUACCGAACGUGGUGCGCACAGCACGCUGUCACACGGUGACUGUGUUGCACUUGAAGAACGACAGGUAUUCAGUUGCCUCGCCGUGGAAACCAGUUGUGUCAAUGCAAGACAAUAAGUACAUUGCGGCGCAGCGUCUUUCACAAGUCACGAGGCGUCUAUCCAAGUCACAACGUUUAAUGGCGAGAUACGACACAGCCAUACGUGAAUAUCUUGCCUCUGGAGUAGCAGAGAAGGUUACCCAGGAAAUGGACCGGGCCCAAAAUACAGCACACAUAUACAAUACGCCGCAUCACGCAGUCAUCAGGGUGGAUCGAAUAACUACAAAGAUGAGGAUGGUCUUCGACGCAUCCUCUCAUGAACCUGGCACCAGCUCGCUCAAUGAUAAGCUGAACGCGGGACUCAACCUAAAUCCGGAUAUCAUGCCACUACUUAUGAACUUCCGCCUUUACCCAGUAGCCUUGAUAUCAGAUGUACAGGAGACAUUGCUCCAGAUCACCAUACACGAGGAUGACAGAGACGCCCUUAGGUUGCUGUGGUACAGAACUACGCCAGUAGACGGCAUGACGAGGGUGACUUUCGGCACGGCCCCUAGCACGUUCCUCCUGGACACCACGUUACAGCACCACAUCCAGCUGUAUGCCAGCGAACAUCCGAGAUGA